UUGCAUUAUUCGUUUCUCGUGAUAUCAGGUCACUUUCCCAGUCUUUUUCAGGAAAACUUACCAAGAAAGAGAACAAGUGGGAAACGUAAAAUCAGUCCUCAUUUGGUUGCAUUGAAUAAGCCGCCACUCAAACUCCCCACGAAAACUCGGCUGAACAUUUCUAUCAAGAAAUGGAGUCUUGGUGCUGUCUGGAAGUGGAAUGCUGGUGAUGAGAACUGUGGCAUCUGUAGGAUGCCUUUUGAAGCAUGUUGUACAGAUUGUAAAACUCCAGGAGACGAUUGUCCGUUGGCUCUCGGUAAUUGCAAGCAUUCGUUUCACAUGCACUGCAUUGUUAAGUGGACUGAAACGCAGAAUACUCCUAGGCCACAAUGCCCACUCUGCAGGCAGGAAUGGGUCUUUGCCACUGGUUGA